AUGAAGAGGCAGCAAUUAAUCGCAUUGUAUUUGAUCAUCAUAGCUGCAUGUUAUAUAUGCCACAGCGAAGCAGUUGCCGGUACUUGUAAUCGUUGGUUUGGUCCAGCUGGAACUGUCCAUUGCUAUAAGAGUAAUCGAUACGAUGAUUACCAAUGGGCUAUCUGUCGUACAAAUACAUAUGUCAAAACCACUUCAAAAGGCAGACACGCAUGCCGAGACAGCACAAGAGAUUACUGUUAUUAUCAAUGUAUGAUUGAUGAGUUUGACAGAGCGAAUGGUGUUGUUUUUUCACAAUGCAAGUGCUCACCAACUGGCCCUCCACCUACUGUAAAAGUUCCACUUCCAGCAUGGUGUUAUAGUCCUGAUGGAAGAAACUGUAGUUGGUACAGAAAGUGUCUUAACAAAGCCUAUCCCAAAUGUGAAAAUGACAAAGACGACUAUGCCAUCAAGUUUGCAGAGAAGUUUUGCCAACUUUACAAUGAAAGCUACAAAGAAUUUUCCCCAGAAGGUAAGAAAUGGGUCGAUGCUGUCCGGAAAUGCCUUCAGGUUAAACUGGUUCCACUGAUAGAUACAUUUCGUGUUAAGACCUGUAAAGAUCUAAAAUCUACAGCUUUCAAAACACACAGCCCUUGCUACCUAAAGCCUGAUCGAUCAUCACUGUCGUACUGCCGUUUAUCAAACGAAGAUAAAGACACAGUCUUUUGGACUAUUAAAUCGUCCAUCUUGAAGGCAUUUUGGCCCACUCUGAAAGGACUGCUUGAUGUUAGGAAAGGAUGCAGUGAAAAUACCAAGACACAAGAAGUCAAGGCUAAAAUUCAGGAAGAAGUAAACAAAAUAACUAACAAAAACAAAACCAAUCCAGUAAAUGAUGUAAUCCGAGAAAUGAAUGUGCGAAUCAAAGUUUGGGUACAAAAUUCUGUUUCCCCAAUUCAACUUACCAUGUUUAUAAGAGACAAUGAUUGGGACAACGCUUCUAAACGAAGAAAGCGCUCAGUCCCAGAUGACAGAGAAAUUGCAAGAUCGCAAUUUGCAGGAAAGAUCGUGGAUGCAUUGGCCUCGGAGCAAAUGUGGAAAGACAAGGGCGUGGCUUGGUUUGCUUAUGCAGAGAAGGAUGGGAAUAUCAUGUCGAUAAGAUUACUUGUAGCUGAUCGUUUUAAAUAUGAACGCAGAGAUAACAGCACAAAACAUCAACGCAUGGAUAACAGCACAAAACAUCAACGUAUGGAUAACAGCACAAAACAUGUUGGUAUGGAUAACAGCACAAAACAUCAACGCAUGGAUAACAGCACAUCACCUUUACAGCAACCAACCAACCUCAGCGAAAUUUUGAUGCAAUUGGGGAAAGAUGUUUUGAAUGGAACUCUUAAUUUGCAAAUUGAUGGAGAGAAUGUUGAAAUCACGAAAUUGAAUGGUUGUUUAGAUUUGAAAUGCGAAGAACAUGCGUUCAAUAUCAAAUCCUUAAAAUUCCAAGAAAACAAUGGAAAUCCCAAAGAGGCAUGCGAUGCUGAUAACGGGCCGGAUGGAGCUAGACAAUGUGUCAAACUGCCGGGGUACAACGACUACCAAUGGCUUACUUGUCGCACAAACUCGUACAUCAAACUAAAGACAAACGGCAAGCACUACUGCACUGACCAGUCACGUACAUAUUGUCGCUACCAGUGUAUGUUGGAUAAGUAUGAAAAAAGCAGUGGUGAUGUUUAUAGCAGCUGCCUGUGUUCCGGGUCGCAAAAGGUAACAUAUUCUUUUGCAUAUGUUGUUCUUUUGGCCGCAGUUAGCUUUUUGUUGGUAAGAUAAACCACUAGAAAAUGACUUUUAGAAAGGACUUUUAGUACCAAAUAACUUUCCAUAUGUCCUGCAAUGGUUGUCAUAAUAACUUUGGUGAACACUAUUAUAGGUUAUUAUUCAGUUUUUUAGUAUUAAGUUAGGAUUGGGGUUAAGCUUAGGAUCAGGGUUUUGAUUAAGAUUGCUUUAUAAAUACGUUAUGAUCAGGGUUAAGGUUAGGAUAAGUAAAACUAGUACAUAAUUAGUCCUGCUAUUAAAUAAUAAUCGAAAAUGUAAUUCGCACAUGUAAUACAGUAAAGCAUUUCAAUAAAAAACUGGUAUAUAUACAGUCAGC